UUUUACGGAUUGUUAAUUAGUUUUAUUAGAUUAAUUACUAUUACCGUGGAUUAGUGUAAUUAGUUUUAUAAUUAUAAUUUGAACAAAGAUUGUUGUAAUUUCUGUGUGAAAACAAGGAUGGUUUAAUUCAGAUUGGAUUUGUUUUCAAUUCAUUUUAGCUUAGGUUGAUUACAGCCUGAUAAAUAUACGGUGACACGACCAACAACAAACCCCUGUCGUUUAUUUACAUUCAACAACGCUUCAAACAAUGGUCGGUGAAUUCAUAAUUUAUCGCCCAAACAACCCGGAUCAAGGCAAAUUUCCACGAACAAACAGAUGUCUUUUUAUCGUCUGCGUCAUCGAGUGCUUGAACGUGUCGUCUGCCGAUCAACGCCGGGGCGUCGAGUUAAUCCUCCCGGGGCGCGCCUGCUGAAAACACCAUGAAUAAUUACUCCGUGGACCCCACGCUAACACCGGGGUCUCGCUUUGAGGACGAGUUCAACUGCACCGGAAACUGCUCGGAUGUCGAAGAAGAAAUCUGGCAGCCUGCUGUCAUUCAGCGCGUGACGACCAUCGUUUUCAGCAUGGUACUCACGUUGUUCGGAAACACCGUUAUCAUCCUCAUGCUAACCUGCAGCCGAUACCGGAAACGGAACAGCCGUGUGAAUAUUUUUAUCAUCCAUCUCGCGAUUGGAGACCUGACGGUGUGUUUUUGUACAAUGACGACGGAAAUUUUAUUCGUGGCUUUCGGGAAAUGGGUUCUGGGUCCUCUUCUUUGUAAACUCCUGCCGUAUUUUCAAUGUAUAACGCUGGCUAGUACAACUUUUAUACUGACGUCCAUGAGUUUCGAUCGAUAUCUGGCAAUCUGCAAACCGCUCAAAUACCGGGCCACCACCGCGCGGGCUAAAAAAUUCAUCGCUGUUUCAUGGAUUCUGGCUUUCAUUCUCGCCAUCCCGCAGUUGUUGAUUUUUGUUGAAAUUGAAGAAAGAAAAGGUGGACGUGUGUCAAUGCAAUGCGUGACAAAAGGCUACACGGCUCUAUGGCAGAGGAUGUUGUACUUCACAUUCCUAACCUGUUAUGUUUUUAUCGUCCCCAUCAUCCUUAUCUCCUUCUGCUACAUCAGCAUCGUCUGCGUGGUUUCCAAAGCCAGUCGGGUUGUUCAAAACUCGCAAAACAAUAAUUAUUCUUUACGACGUUCGCACUGCACGAGAUCCAAGUCCACAUUCCCCCGCGCUAAGAUAAAAACAUUGAAGAUGACGUUCGCGAUUAUAGCAACUUUUAUAGUCUGCUGGACGCCUUAUUUCGUGACGACGUUAAUCCGAAUCUACAGCGAUUAUAAAAUCCACGUUCCCGCGGAGGUUAUGGCUUUUGUAGAAUCCGUUACGUUUAUUCAAAGUGCUUUCAAUCCGUUAAUCUACGGUUGUUUUAAUAUCAAGAUCAAACGAGGAUUGUUGGAGUUGUUUUGUCCGCAUCAUGAGAAACUUCUAAGACGUUCUCCAAGUUAUCGAAGCCCGGGGUUAUGCAUGUCUGUUUCAAGUGGGGUCGGCCAUCACCAGAGACCUGUGUACGAAAUGAAAUUGUGCGCGAAGUCCAGACUACGAGAUAACAUUGCGCCGAACAACGCUUCGAAUUCAGACAGCGGAAAUUCCUUGGAGCGCAUUGGUCGAGGGUCGAGCGUUGUUACUGUGACCGAGGAGAAUAAGAACGGGGUGAGGCUUCGAGUUCGGUUCGCCACUAAGGACCAAUGCCGGUGUCUAUCAAGCGACGGAUUGGAGUUCUACAACUCGGAGAGCUCUCUACCGUAUGAGUUUCUAAACGGCGUGCAUGGCUCGAAAGUAGCUAUUUAUAAACACCACUCGCUUCAGCAGCUCUAUAAAUAGAAUUAUCGAGAUGCGAUAAAAAUUUGUGAUACGUAAUGGAUUUUGGCAUUAUUGUGUUGGUUGUCGUUGAGCAGGCUUCAACAUCUUGGUGUUCUUUUCAUUCCCUUGCAGCUAAAGACGGAUGAGAGCCAAUGAAAUAGAAAAAUAAUUCCAAAUGGACGUUAGAUCAUUGUGGUUGUUUGUUGUUGUUUUUUUUUUCAUUUUUUUUUCUUUGCUAUAUUUUAUU